AUGACUAAAGGGCAAGACAAUGGGCAACACCCCAAAGCUCCCAAAUCCGAACCCCCACAAAAAACGAAUAUAGCUGUGCCUCUGCCGGUCCAGGGUCCCUGUACAACUGGCGCCUCAAAAUACCCACCAUCACCCCCACCACAGCCCCAUCUUCAACCCCAACCCCCACCACAGCCCCAUCUGUGCCUCUGCCGGUCCAGGGUCCCUGUACAACUGGCGUCUCAAAAUACCCACCAUCACCCCCACCACAGCCCCAUCUGUGCCUCUGCCGGUCCAGGCUCCCUGUACAACUGGCGCCUCAAAAUACCCACCAUCACCCCCACCACAGCCCCAUCUGUGCCUCUGCCGGUCCAGGGUCCCUGUACAACUGGCGCCUCAAAAUACCCACCAUCACCCCCACCACAGCCCCAUCUUCAACCCCAACCCCCACCACAGCCCCAUCUGUGCCUCUGCCGGUCCAGGGUCCCUGUACAACUGGCGUCUCAAAAUACCCACCAUCACCCCCACCACAGCCCCAUCUGUGCCUCUGCCGGUCCAGGCUCCCUGUACAACUGGCGCCUCAAAAUACCCACCAUCACCCCCACCACAGCCCCAUCUGUGCCUCUGCCGUCCAGGGUCCCUGUACAACUGGCGCCUCAAAAUACCCACCAUCACCCCCACCACAGCCCCAUCUGUGCCUCUGCCGGUCCAGGCUCCCUGUACAACUGGCGCCUCAAAAUACCCACCAUCACCCCCACCACAGCCCCAUCUGUGCCUCUGCCGGUCCAGGGUCCCUGUACAACUGGCGCCUCAAAAUACCCACCAUCACCCCCACCACAGCCCCAUCUGUGCCUCUGCCGGUCCAGGCUCCCUGUACAACUGGCGCCUCAAAAUACCCACCAACACCCCCACCACAGCCCCAUCUGUGCCUCUGCCGGUCCAGGGUCCCUGUACAACUGGCGCCUCAAAAUACCCACCAUCACCCCCACCACAGCCCCAUCUGUGCCUCUGCCGGUCCAGGCUCCCUGUACAACUGGCGCCAAAAUACCCACCAUCACCCCCACCACAGCCCCAUCUGUGCCUCUGCCGGUCCAGGGUCCCUGUACAACUGGCGCCUCAAAAUACCCACCAUCACCCCCACCACAGCCCCAUCUGUGCCUCUGCCGGUCCAGGGUCCCUGUACAACUGGCGCCUCAAAAUACCCACCAUCACCCCCACCACAGCCCCAUCUGUGCCUCUGCCGGUCCAGGGUCCCUGUACAACUGGCGCCUCAAAAUACCCACCAUCACCCCCACCACAGCCCCAUCUGUGCCUCUGCCGGUCCAGGGUCCCUGUACAACUGGCGCCAAAAUACCACCAUCACACCCACCACAGCCCCAUCUGUGCCUCUGCCGGUCCAGGGUCCCUGUACAACUGGCGCCUCAAAAUACCCACCAUCACCCGCACCACAGCCCCAUCUGUGCCUCUGCCGGGUCCAGGGUCCCUGUACAACUGGCGCCCAAAAUACCCACCAUCACCCCCACCACAGCCCCAUCUGUGCCUCUGCCGGUCCAGGGUCCCUGUACAACUGGCGCCCAAAAUACCACCAUCCCCCCACCACAGCCCCAUCUGUGCCUCUGCCGGUCCAGGGUCCCUGUACAACUGGCGCCCAAAAUACCCACCAUCACCCCACCACAGCCCCAUCUUCAACCCCAACCACACCCUAAACCCACACACCCUUCCCAAAAACCCUUCUACCACAAGGCUAGGCCGAACUACAAGGUAGCAGAUUGGAACAUUGAGGGACACACACCAACACUCAUCAUAGGAGACUCAAAUCUCAACCGGGUCCCACCAUUCAAUAACCCCAACAUCCAGGUAGACAGUUACCCAGGGGCAACAUUCUAUCACUUCAUAAAAGUACUGGAGAAAACCCCCAUACACACAGACACAGCGACGGUUGUUAUCUCGGUGGGCCUGAACAAUAAAGACCAUGACCCAUUCCAAACAUCACUAAAACAGCUGGCAG